AUGUCUGAGGUCGGAUCCCCCAACGGGUCGCCCGGCGACGAGAGACCCGCCGAUGAGGGACACACCCAAGAUUUCGAAGACGAUCAAGCGGCGGCUGAUUCUGAUGCUCUCUCCGAGGUAGAUGAGAAUCAGUUUGAAGACUAUGAUCCUGAGACGGCCAAUAUUGAGGAUCGCCCCAUCGAAAUCGACGAGGAUGCGGCGCGAGCCUUGAAGCCAGCUAAGAGAAAGCGCACAGAGGGGGAGACAGCGAAGAAGCCCCGAGAGGGCCGACGAGAUAAAAAGCGACGAGACAGGGAUGAAGACGUCACUAUGGAGGACGAUGGCGCUGAAGAUGCUGGGAAAAAGCAAAGAAGAUCACGACGUGGAGGCGAUGGAGAGAGACGACCUAAGGCGAAGGCCAAGACACCAGAACCGGAGAACGAAGAGCACCUGACGCCAGAGGAGCGUAGGAAGCGUGAGAUUGACCGGGCCCUUGAUGCAGCCAUCAAGAAGCCCAGCGGUGCUCGCCGUAGGAGAAAGGACGACAUUGACUUGGAGGACGAGAUCGAUGAACUGCUUGCCCACCUCAAGCUUCAGAUGGAGCGGGCGUGUCAAGCCGAUAACCAAGCACGAGAGGCUGGUCAGCCAGCACUACACAAGCUCAAGCUUCUGCCUGAGGUCACGGCGAUUUUGAAUCGUAACAAUUCUCAACACGCAGUUCUUGAUCCCGACACGAACUUUUUGCAGCACGUCAAAUUCUUCCUGGAACCUCUUGAUGACGGCUCGCUUCCCGCCUACAACAUCCAGCGGGACAUUUUCUCGGCGUUGACAAAGCUGAAUAUAGAAAAAGAGGCUUUGCUUAGCAGUGGAAUUGGGAAAGUCGUUCUUUUUUACACCCGGAGCAAAAGGCCUGAACCAAGCAUCAAGCGCAUGGCUGAGCGGCUACUGGGUGAAUGGAGCCGACCUAUUCUGAAGAGGACGGACGACUACAAGAAGCGUCACAUCGAGACUCGUGACUUUGAUUAUGACGCCGCAAAGCUUGCACAACGCCAGAAGAUUGGAUCACAGUUCAGUCUUUCCGAGCGACCUGCGGUGUCAUCUCAGGACGCCGAGCGUGACCGUAUUCUGGCGCCUGUUGGCGGUAACAAUCGGGCUCGCUUGGCUAGUCUGCCACAGAGUUAUACCAUUGCCCCAAUCAGCACCUUUGGGGGAGCCAGAGGUGCUGAACACAGGCCACUUGGCGCGGGUGGUAUGGAAGCUUUCCGCAAGAUGACACAGAAGGGGAAGAAGAGAGGCUAG